GACGAACUUCUCUUCAGAGUAAAUGACCUAAAAAGGCACUUCCUUUGCUUUCCUCUAUGCAGGCUACUCUUUGUUCAUAACUCGCUUUUCAAAAUGUUAAACCGUUUUUCACUUUUGUGCAUUCGCUAAUGUGUGUGAAAAUUUGUCCGCGCAAUUAGCUCACUGGGCAAACGCCAUAGUUCAUCCCAUAGCAAAUUUAAGCAAAUUUUUUGUAAAAAGCAUUUGUGUCUGUUUAACACCUUCAGUAUGGACGCGGAAAAAACAGUCACACAGGAAAAGGUGCAGCGGCGAUGUUGCUCACUUGUGCGUUGUAGCUCUGCUGGUGGUCGCCCCUUUGGUGGACUCCCCAACAUGAAGCGCAAAAAGGUGCUCAGCUUUUCCGUGGGUUUUUUUCUACUUUGCUGUACGUUAAUCGGGUUAGGGAUAAGUUUGGCGGAUUCCUCAGGAGAGGCCCCUUCCCAAGAGAGCUUCCUAUCAACCUGCAUGCACGUCAUCGACGCGAUAACAUUCUACGAAGACGAGCUGCAGAACUACAAGUAUGACGAUGAGUGUGCGGCCUAUCGGCACAUAGGCAAUACCGUUUUGGAAAAGCACAACUUGAGUAAUUACAAUUGCUACGCGAAGAUGCAGAAAGCGUUGUGCAAGCUGAGCUACGCCAGGGUUGAGACGCCUGAGGGGGAGACCGCAGAAGAGCAUGCAGAUGGAAAAGGUGAAAGAGAACUCAGGGAAGGUGCCACAGAAGAAAAUGGUACCUAUGUGGAGCAUCAAAGAGAGGAUUUCCCAACAGAAGGAGGCGCAGAUACGUGCACCAGAACGAAGGACCUGUUCAUAUCCCUGCUGAGGAAAUGCACCGAAAGGGGAUACGGAGACACCACGGCCCACUGCGCCUCCCUAGACAUAGAAAAAAAUGUCAUCUCAGAUGGGGAACUAUUCUGUGAGAGUUCAUUCGAAAGGAAAAAAAGUGUGCAGGAAAAUGGGGGGAACAAAUCAGUCUACGUAAAUGGUUAUAAAAAGGGUAUAACUGAAACACUCCAUUUUGAGGAACACCAAAGGGACGACUGCAUAGGUAUGGUUAACCUGUUUAACAACUGCUCCACAGUUAGAAGAAGCGUCUUCGCAGGUUUACCUCUUACCCAUUGUGCUGAACAAAGCGAAAAGUACCUUUGCAGUAGGAGGCUUCACAAAAUGGAGGAUAAAAACUAUAUUUACACCUGCUCAGAUGUGGUAGUGCCUUAUUUGUUGGGUGCAAGUAAUAGGGGGAAGACGUACAGCCAGAUGUGCCACGAUGUAAACGGUUACGCAAAUCUGUUGAAGAAUGAAAAAAAUGAAUUUUUAAAAAAAAAAAAAAAAAUACAAGAAAAUGUGAAGCAUAUAAAGUUAACGCAAAAGUUGUACAAAAUUACGGAACAUAUUUUCCAAGCGCUUCAAGAGGAAGUGGAAAAAUGCAACCCAGAUUUGCUUCACCUGUUUAACCUUUUGAAAAACGUAAAGAUUGUUCUUCCCAAAAAGUACAUGCUAAAAUUGAACGAAAUAACUGAUGGAAUGACUCACUUGGAGGACGCAGUGCGCAAAAUGGGGUACCCCAGCUUGGACGGGGACAACGUUGAGGAAAACGUUUUGCUCGUAAAUGAAGCGAAGGCUGCCAUAGAGGGCUUCCUGAGCUUGCAGCGGGGCAUCGUGCUCGCGGCCAGGCAGGUUAAUGAGUACAUCCGCAGGGAAACCACCACACGCGGUGUAACUACAAGCGCAAACGGUGUAACUGCCCGAGCUACAGAUAGCCCCCUCGGCGAUCGCGCCAGCCUCUUAAGCUUGGACGAGCUGGAGAAGCUGCAGAAAAUGCAUAAGCGCAUUAACGAGAGAGUUGAAGACUAUGCCGACAGACGCAGCCACUCCGUUUUCCAGUACCAAAAUUCCAUGAUGAAAGAUUUCCAUAACGAUAUUGGGAAGCUAAAUGGAUUAAUUGAAAUUUACACUUCGCAAAUUUCUUUGCUAAUUGGUAAGGGGUUAGUUGCAUGAUCGGGUGAGGCCUCCACCUGCUCACCCUUCCCAUGCGGGGCCGCACCGCGCCACUGCAUGAGACAUCCGUGUGUGCAUACAAACUGUGUGCGCAACUGUUUCGCAGUAGCAUGAGUUAAAUUGUUUUUAAAAUACGAAACAGUGGGGGCGGCAAGUUGGGAUGCCGCAAACUGGGGUGAACAAAUUGGAAGGGC